AUGAACAGUUCAUUCGCGUCCUGGGCGAAUGAGAAGGAAGACCAGAACACAUCUGAUCAAGUGAAAUUUGAUACCGCAUUUAGACAUGAAGCCGAUGAUGAAAGUUCUCAUCAUCAUCAUCAAAACCUUCAUCAUCACCAUCAUGAUUUCCCAAGUGUAGAAGAAGUCACUGCGGCUGCAGUCGCAAGUGCUCGUCAACAACAACAACAGCAGCAACAACAGCAACAUAUCGCAAAUGACCAAUCAGUAGGCACACCUGGUAACAAUUCAAUUCAUGAUGAACAAGUCCGAGCUGCACAUGAGGCAUUAACUGGUGCAAAGAAAUCAAAUGAGCAAGGUGGUGGUGGCGCUCGAGGACGAAAGAAGGCAGUUCCGCCACUUUCCGUGACUAAGCGAGCUGUACAGAAUAGAAACGCGCAAAGGGCAUAUAGAACGAGAAGAGAUCAAUAUAUUAAGGAAUUAGAAGCUAAAGCGGCUGAAUUAGAUCAUUUAAAACAAACAAUUGAUGAGUUGAGAAAUGAGAAUAUUCAAUUAAGAGAUUAUACUAUUGCAUUACAAAGUCGAGUUAUUGAAUUAUCACCAACUACUCCGGCUCCAACUAAUGCUCAACAUCAGAUGAAUGCGGGUAUUUCUAAUGAUACUUCACAUCCUGGUAUUCCACCUCCUCCUGCGGUUUUUAAUAAGACGCAGUAUCCAACUGACAAGUAA